ACGAGUCCACCCACCCCACCUCCAGCCUGAACCCCAUCCAAAAAUCGAUAGCCCAGAAUUUAGAGUUUGUGCGAAAGUGUAUAUAAAAUCAGCAAAAUCACUGCUAUCAAACACUAUAUCAGUAAGCGAAAAAGCAGAAAGCAAAAUCCAUAAAGAUCUCCAACUCUUCUUCUUUACUUUUGUUCUUUGACACUCGGGCUUUAGUCGCCGUCAUCAUCCAUCCGAAGUCUGCACGAACCACUUCUUUCUCUCAACCUUCCGCACACACGUAAUCACGAAGAAAAUCGUUCAUUGAAUCUGAGCCCUGAGGAAUAGCCGCAGCGGAGUUUGUUUUUCACCUCAACUCAGUUUAAAUGCAGACUAGGUACAUGGAGAGAACAAACUCAAUGAAAGGUAGAGGGAAGCGGAGCUUGGAGGGCGGUGGUGAUGAAGAGCAGGAGUCAGAAAGAAAAAGACCUGCUUUAGCUAGUGUUAUUGUGGAAGCUCUAAAGGUGGAUAGCCUCCAGAAGCUUUGCUCAUCUUUGGAACCAAUACUUCGAAGAGUGGUUAGUGAAGAAGUUGAACGAGCUUUGGCUAAGCUGGGCCCUGCCAGACUCAACGGAAGGUCAUCGCCUAAACGACUCGAAGGUCCAGAUGGGAGAAACUUGCAGCUUCACUUUAAAUCCAGGCUUUCUCUUCCGCUGUUCACAGGAGGGAAAGUAGAGGGAGAGCAGGGUGCUGCUAUUCAUGUUGUGCUAAUAGAUGCUAACACAGGUCAUGUUGUGACUUCUGGACCUGAAUCUUCUAUGAAGCUGGACGUUAUUGUCUUGGAAGGUGACUUCAACAAUGAGGAUGAGGAAGGUUGGAGUCAGGAAGAGUUUGAAAGCCAUGUUGUGAAAGAACGUGAAGGAAAGAGACCUCUUUUGACUGGGGACUUACAAGUCACACUAAAGGAAGGUGUUGGAACUCUAGGAGAUCUCACAUUUACAGAUAAUUCCAGCUGGAUAAGGAGCAGGAAGUUCAGACUUGGUUUGAAAGUUGCAUCAGGAUUUUGUGAGGGCGUGCGCAUACGGGAAGCAAAGACUGAAGCUUUUACCGUCAAAGAUCACAGAGGGGAAUUGUACAAGAAACAUUAUCCACCUGCCUUGAAUGAUGAAGUAUGGAGAUUGGAGAAAAUAGGGAAGGAUGGAUCAUUCCACAAGCGGCUUAACAAUGCAGGGAUAUUUACAGUGGAGGACUUCCUGCGGCUUGUGGUCAGGGAUUCCCAAAAGCUGAGGACUAUCCUUGGAAGUGGUAUGUCGAAUAAGAUGUGGGAGGCCCUCAUAGAGCACGCCAAGACUUGUGUCCUGAGUGGGAAGCUUUAUGUAUAUUACCCUGACGAUACUAGAAAUAUGGGUGUCGUCUUUAACAAUAUCUAUGAGCUAAGUGGCCUCAUAGCUAAUGAUCAGUAUUAUCCAGCAGAUUCUCUUUCUGAGAGCCAGAAGGUAUAUGUGGAUGCCUGGGUGAAGAAAGCAUAUGAUAAUUGGAAUCAAGUUGUGGAGUAUGAUGGGAAAUCACUGUUAAAUUUCAAGCAAACUAAGAAGUCAAGCGCUCUUCCUCUUGGGCCAGUCAAUUAUUCACAUUCAGUAGAAAGUCAGCUUCCACCACAGAGAUUGCCAGUAUCAGUUCCUUCCGAGCCUUCAUCAAUUGAUCAGAGCAUGCUAAUUGGCGGUUUGGGUUAUAAUGACAACAUGACUGCCAGAUACUCCACCCAGUCUCAGCUUAUAAAUUCGAGUUCACGCACCCAGUUUGAACCCGCCAGUUUUACUCAGCAUGACCAACAGGUCAACCAGCCCAACCAAAUUGAUAGUGCUCCGUAUGAUAGUAGGGUUGGCCUUGCCCUUGGUCCCCCUCAAUCAUCAUCAUCAUCCUCCUUCCAAGCAAGCAAUGCAUCUCUUCAGCAAGCCAGCCUUAAUCCUUUUGAAGACUGGUCCACUAACCGGGAUAAGGGCGUAGAUGACUUCUUGUCAGAGGAGGAAAUUCGUAUGAGAAGUCAUGAAAUGCUUGAGAAUGAAGAUAUGCAGCACUUGCUUAGGCUUUUCAGCAUGGGAGGCCAUGCCUCUGUUAAUGUGCCUGAAGAUGGGUACAACUUCCCUUCGUACAUGCCGUCUCCGUCUCCUGGUUUCAGUUAUGGUGAGGAUCGAACCCGGUCUGGGAAGGCUGUUGCAGGUUGGCUUAAGAUUAAGGCUGCAAUGAGGUGGGGCAUCUUUAUCAGGAAGAAAGCUGCUGAAAGAAGGGCUCGCAUUGUGGAGUUGGAGGAUGAAUAAAUAUUGUUCAGAAAAUAGAGUUCAGCAUUGUUAACUACCACAUUUGACAACUUCUGAAACUCUUGUUCAGUGCCAGUAGGACUCAGAGCUGCAUGAGAAUAUAUGUAUUCUCAGGAGUCUUGAAGACCUUUAUUGCAUGUUUCAAAAUUCAAUCAUUUCAUGUACAGUCACCCUGUACUGUAAGUUGCUUGCUUAUAAGACGCCAUAUCAACUUGGUUGUUGCUUACUUUCUGUGUAUGUAUGGUGAGCAUGUAUUGAUCUAAAAUGAUGACUUUGAAUUGCUUUUCGUUUCUGUAGGAUUUCCAUGUCUAAUUAUGAUAAUUUCUUCCAAGUUUCGUGUAUUCUGAAUCUGAUUAUAACUUAUUGUUCUAUUGUAUUGGUCUC